AUGGCCAUUGUGCAGACUCUGCCAGUGCCACUGGAGCCCACUCCUGAGGCCACCACUGCCCCACAACCUCCAGCCAUGGGCAGCGUGAGCAGCCUCAUCUCAGGCCGGCCCUGCCCUGGGGGGCCAGCUCCUCCCCGCCACCACGGACCCUCUGGGCCCACCUUCUUCCGCCAGCAGGAUGGCCUGCUACGGGGUGGCUAUGAGGCACAGGAGCCACUGUGCCCAGCUGUGCCCCCUAGGAAGGCCGUCCCUGGUACCAGCUUCACCUACAUCAACGAGGACUUCCGGACAGAGUCACCCCCCAGCCCGAGCAGUGACCUUGAGGAUGCCCGAGAGCAGCGGGCACGCAAUGCCCAUCUCCGCGGCCCCCCACCCAAGCUCAUCCCUGUCUCUGGAAAGCUGGAGAAGAACAUGGAGAAAAUCCUGAUCCGCCCAACAGCCUUCAAGCCAGUGCUGCCCAAACCUCGAGGGGCACCAUCCCUACCUAGCUUCCUGGGUCCUCGGGCCGCCGGACUGUCUGGGAGCCAGGGCAGCCUAACACAGCUGUUUGGGGGCCCUGCCUCGUCCUCCUCUUCCUCCUCCUCCUCGGCUGCUGACAAACCCCUGGCACUGAGUGGCUGGGCCAGUGGCUGCCCAUCGGGGACACUGUCUGACUCCGGCCGAAAUUCACUGUCCAGCCUGCCCACCUACAGCACCGGGGGUGCAGAGCCAGCCAACGGCUCCCCAGGCGGGCACCUGCCCUCCCACGGCCCCGGGCGGGGGGCACUGCCGGGUCCAGCCCGAGGGGCCCCUACUGGGCCCUCCCACUCGGACAGUGGUCGGUCUUCCUCCAGCAAGAGCACAGGCUCCCUGGGAGGCCGUGUGGCUGGGGGGCUCUUGGGCAGCGGUGCCCGGGCCUCCCCUGACAGCGGCUCCUGUGGGGAGCGCUCUCCGCCCCCGCCCCCACCCCCGCCACCCCCUUCGGAUGAGGCCCUGCUGCACUGUGUCCUGGAAGGAAAGCUCCGAGACCGUGAGGCAGAGCUGCAGCAGCUGCGGGACAGUCUGGACGAGAGUGAGGUGACCAUGUGUCAGGCUUACGAGGACCGGCAGCGGCACUGGCCGCGGGAGCGCGAGGCCCUGCGGGAGGACGGUGCGGCCCAGGCACAGCGGGCACAGCGGGCCCAACAGCUGCUGCAGCUGCAGGUAUUCCAGCUGCAGCAGGAGAAGCGGCAGCUGCAGGACGACUUUGCACAGCUGCUGCAGGAACGGGAGCAGCUGGAGCGGCGCUGCGCCACCUUCGAGCGGGAGCAGCGGGAGCUCGGGCCGAGGCUCGAGGAGACCAAGUGGGAGGUGUGCCAGAAGUCAGGCGAGAUCUCCCUGCUGAAGCAGCAACUGAAGGAGUCUCAGGCGGAGCUGGUGCAGAAGGGCAGCGAGCUGGUGGCGCUGCGGGUGGCGCUGCGAGAAGCCCGAGCCGCACUACGGGUCAGUGAGGGCCGGGCGCGGGGCCUGCAGGAGGCGGCCCGGGCUCGGGAGCUGGAGCUGGAGGCCUGUUCCCAGGAGCUGCAGCGGCACCGCCAGGAGGCCGAGCGGCUGCGAGAGAAAGCCGGCCAGUUGGACACCGAGGCCGCCGGACUCCGGGAACCCCCCGCGCCACCUGCCACCGCCGACCCCUUCCUCCUGGCGGAGAGCGAUGAGGCCAAGGUGCAGCGGGCAGCGGCCGGGGUCGGGGGCAGCCUGCGGGCCCAGGUGGAGAGGCUACGGGCAGAGCUGCAGCGGGAGCGGCGGCGGGGCGAGGAGCAGCGGGACAGCUUCGAGGGCGAGCGGCUGGCCUGGCAGGCGGAGAAGGAGCAGGUGAUCCGCUACCAGAAGCAGCUGCAGCACAACUACAUCCAGAUGUACCGGCGCAACCGGCAGCUGGAGCAGGAGCUGCAGCAGCUCAGCCUGGAGCUGGAGGCUCGGGAGCUCGCCGACCUGGGCCUGGCCGAGCCGGCCCCCUGCAUCUGCCUGGAGGAGAUCACCGCCACCGAAAUCUAG